CAAAAAGUGCUUGGCAAUGACGCGCACGCACACAGCCGACAUGAUGCUCGGUCAGCUCGCCGUGUCGCGCUGAGUGUCUGCUGUGAGCGCGUCAGCCGCCUACCGCAUCUGCUCCCCAUCAGCCGAGGUGUCUUGAAGCACCGCCGCAAGGGUGGAGAGAUGAGGCAUAGAAGAUGGACGGAGGGGAGGAGAUUGGUGACACACAUCAAGGUUGCUGUUAAUAGCACAGACGGGACCAGAAUAGCUGGGGCGGCGCAGGACGAAAGCGAGGCUCUGCAUCUUCUUGGGUGAAACUCGAGCGGCUGAUCAAAAUGAGCAAAGUCCGCUGGGCUUUUGUUUUCUCAUACAACACGUGAGCAAGGUUGAACUUUAUGGGCUGGAAGACAAGGGCUACAGCAUAAAUGGGUUAAAAACGGGCCGUUUUGGUUAACAGUAAACUCGCAAGAGAAUACACACAGUGCGAUGCUCGUGCGCGCGCACGUCCUUGAGACAGUACAAGCGAGACACCGAGUGUUUUAACUGAGUUCAAAUAGUCUCAGGGAGUCUGGUCCAUUUGCGACUCCUUCACCAUCGAGUCCUCGUGUGCGCGCGCACGCACGCACGCACGCAUGUACGCACGCACGCACGCACGCACGCACGCACACCUCCCUCCUCCUCCUCCUCCUCCUCCUGGCGCCGCUUCUCUUCUCCCUGCACAGCCGCAGUCUUCGGCGAUGCGCCGUUAACGGCAGAGCCGCUCAGACGCUCUCUGUUCUUCUUCUUCUUCUUCCAUCAUCCUCGCUCGGAGGAGGAGAGCACCAGCACCCCCGCCUCCCCUCCCCUCCCCGGGCUGUGACCCUGCCAGCCGGCCCCCUCGCCAUCCUUCUCCGUACCAUGGAAACACAAGGCGGUCGUUCUUCCAACUAGACGGAAAGCCUCACCUCGCACAGCCAAGACGGGGGCCACGAUGAGCGAGGAGCCGCCUGCCACGUCCAGCUGGCUGACCGCUGAGCCCACGGCGUGGCCGAGUGGCGGCGGAGGGCCCGCGGACAACAGCACCAGCUCGGGGAUGUUCCCGCCGGAGGACCCCCUCCCGCCCGGCGAGCUGCCGCUGCUGGUCAACCCCUGGGACAUCGUGCUGUGCUCGUCGGGGACUCUGAUAGCUUGCGAAAACGCCCUGGUGGUGCUGGUGAUCUGGCAGAACCCGGCGCUCAGAGCGCCCAUGUUCCUGCUGAUCGGCAGCCUGGCGCUGGCCGACCUGCUGGCCGGCCUGGGCCUCGUGCUUCACUUCACCUGUGCCUACCUGCUCCGCUCGGACUCGGCCCAGCUGCUGACCGUGGGCCUGGUGGUGGCCUCGUUCUCGGCCUCCGUCUUCAGCCUGCUGGCCAUCACCAUCGACCGCUACCUGUCGCUGUAUUACGCCCUCACCUACAACUCGGAGCGCACGGCGGCCUUCACCUACACCAUGCUGGUGCUGCUGUGGGGCCUCUCCCUGUGUCUGGGGCUGCUGCCCGUCACGGGGGUCAACUGCCUGGCGGAGGAGGCCACGUGCAGCGUGGUGCGGCCGCUGACCAAGAACAACAUCGCCGUGCUGUCCGUCUCCUUCCUGCUGCUCUUUGGCCUCAUGCUGCAGCUCUACGUGCAGAUCUGCAAGAUCGUGAUGCGCCACGCUCACCAGAUCGCGCUCCAGCACCACUUCCUGGCCGCCACGCCGCACUACGUCACCACGCGGAAGGGCGUGUCCACGCUGGCCAUCAUCCUGGGGACGUUCGCCGCCUGCUGGAUGCCGUUCACCGUCUACUCCCUCAUUGCCGACUACACCUACCCCCCGCUCUACACCUACGCCACGCUGGUGCCCGCCACCUACAACUCCGUCAUCAACCCGGUCAUCUACGCCUUCCGGAACCAGGAGAUCCAGAAGGCGCUGUGGCUGGUGUGCUGUGGCUGCGUGCCGGCGAGCGUGGCCCAGCGCGCGCGCACCCCCAGCGACGUCUGACCGAGCAGACCCAGGCGGAGAGCGAGAGGGACCCUGGGUCAGCUGUGCUCCUCACCGGAUGCGUCCGGUGUCACUGAGAGCAGCAGCAGCAGCAGCAGAUGUCAGGGGACGUGGCCGAGGGCUGUGGAUACGGUUCUGGCCGGAGAUGGAGGAGGGUUAGGUCCAUCCGUACCCCCCAUGGAUGGAUGGAAGGAUGGAUGGAAGGAUGGAGGGGUGGGUGGGUGGGUGGCGUUUUUCUUUUGUUAGAAACCCCUUAGGGCAACGUAUAUCUCCGUCUUCCCCAGCACAGGCGUCCAUUGUGCGUGCUGCAUCCCGCCCCCUCCUGUUCGGCCCGCGCCACGCCCUUCCUCUGUUCUGCAGAAAGCGCUGAGUGCAUCACAUGUUACGGGCUGCAGCUGUAAAUAGAGUGUGCAUACACUCAACGGCGCUGGAGCUUUGGUUGACACUGCUUUUUUUUUCUUGCGGAAGGAUUAUAGUUUGCGUGCGUAAAACUCGCGGCAGAUUAACGGAGCUGCGCGUGCGUGAGCAGAGGAGAGGAGAGAGAGAGAGGGGCUGAGCGAGCGCUCGCGCAGCCAAAGCCCGUCUGGAGCGGCAUCCCGGCCGCUCUGCUGCUGCACUCUGGACGUGCGUCGAAAGCUAAACAGACGCGGGGAGCUAUAAAUAGACGGGGCGCUCUGUGAUCCGCGCCCUGCGCUCUGCACAGGCGCUGAGAGGAAGCGUCGAGCCGCUCCUCGCCUCUCCCUUUUUUCCGGAACGUGCGUAAAUGUGAGUCUGGGAAUCUCAAGACAAAGUCCCGGGAGAGCCCCACCAUUAACCCCGACUCUUCAUUUUUUUAUUUAUAUAGAGACAAACUGAAUUUAGGCCUGUUUGAUUAUGUAACAACCUGAUAUGUCUGGAAUUCACUAUAUAAUUGAGUGUAUGUUUGCUUUAGAAAUGGAUAUGAAUCAGCUGGACGGUGAUCUCUGAAUUUAAGGAAUCCUAUUGGAAAUUAACCCAACUAUAAAAGCCAAAUUUUUAUUUGAGUUUUCUCUACAAAGCUGCAAAAUCUGGAUGUAUAAUUUGACCUUGUGGCUCUUGAACAGCCUCAGUCCAACCUCUUAGCACCUGAUCUGCAUGCUGGGCUUUAGUGUACUUUGCAUGGAACAAGCACAGAUCCCCGUUAUUCCCUGAUUCAGGACCGGGACACAUCAUGUGUCGUAGCAGCCGGGUGUCAUCAUCACCCCACUACUACUUUUAAUGUACAGAGUACCACAGUGCACCUUCCAUGGACAUGGAACGUGUUGCGGUUUGUUAAAUGUUGUGAGUUCAGAGGUGCUUCGCUGUCAUUUAAUAUACCAGCACCUACUGGCUGUGUAAAAUCCGCAAUCUGCCAAAAGCCACGCGUGCUGAUUUCUCAUUCAUACAGAUGUGUGUCAGCAAUAACUAGCCGAAGAACGGUAGUUAUUUUUAACAUGUGAAGCAAUACCCAGAGAGCAAUAACAUCCAUGUCCUGCCAUGACUUCUUCCUGCAGAGUUGAGUACUGUAACGGGCGCUCGGGAGGGCGAGGCGCUGUGGUGAACGGGCUGCGGGCGACGCUUCACCGUCGCCUCUGUGCUGGAGAAACGUGGCCGAGCACCUCCCUCGUCGCAGUGACAUCACUGCCUCGUUCCUUCGCAACCUUUUCUUCGGGUUCUGAUGAUUCGCGUGGCGCUUGGAAGAACUCUUUUCUUUUUCCUGCGGCCUCGGCCGCUCGUGAGCAUACGGACUCUACACACUAGUGUUGUAACCUGAUGUGUCAGCGCUUGGGCCAGGACCGCGUUUCUGUGCAUAUGGUAUGAGUUGCAUGGCCUCUGGGUGUGUGCAUGUGUGUGUCCUUUCGUGUGUGUGUGUGUGUGUGUGUGUGUGUGUGUGAUCCAGCAGCUGAGCAGAUAAUAUUCUGUCUCCCGUGUUGUGGAGGCCGGAGUGGAAACAGGUCAGAGGAACACAGACUCCUGUUCACUCCCCGCCCUUAAAGGAUAAUGCUGCCAGUCUUCCUGUCAAUUUUAAGAAUAGUGGCCUCGUUACAUGUCGGCAGAGAUUUUUGAAGGGAGACCAGAAUAGGACGUGGGCGCUCCAGCACUUCAAGCCAAAGUGAAAAGUACUGAAUGAACUGGGAUUCUGGUCCUGCUGUGUUUUCUGCCUCGGUAUCACUAAUAUCCUACUCUCGUGCUCGCCGAGGCCGGUGUCCGUUAAGUGACCUCUGAAUGAUUCUAAAUGAGCUAAAAGCCGCUUCCAAGCACACAGAUGCUGCUUCUCCGGGCCUUCCUUGCUGACCUCCCUCUCCGCGGUCCAGUCGUUCCCACCUUUGACUGGGUACAAAGCAUAAAAUAGGACAGAGACAGUAAAGAGAGCUCACGGAGAGCUCUUGUGCUCUUUGGAGGCCCUGCCUGUGCAUGUAAACUUGUGCCGUGUCAGACUGAACUCUGAGUCAUCGGAUGAGCACCAGCAGGUCAGACUGCCACAUCACAAACCACCACAGACUCUUAUUCCUUUACCUUUGGAGAAAAAUCUAUUUUGUUAUAUUAAUUGAGAAGUUCUAUUUUUUUCCACUUCAGUCCGGCCGGACGUCUUUCAGACUCUCAUGCUGUAUGAUAAUAACGGCGCUGUAAAGCCUUCUGCUGAAUGUAGUAAUCCCGUUGUUUAAUCGGAACCCCUUCCUUCUGACUCAUCUGUCUGUGUAUAUACAGCAUGCAUGGUGCUACCAAAGCUAUUUAAACCACGUGAGUUGGGUGGCACCAGUUUUUUAAUGGCAUUUGUCCACUUCACCUGUUAAUGUUGGACUCGUUGUUUCACCUUUCUCACUUCAGUAUGCACCCGUUUAUACAGGCCGGGUAACGACCGGCAGCUCUGGCUACGCAGAUGGACGACCGUACUCAGUUCUCUUGACUGGUGGAUAUUUUCCUCUUGUGCAGCCGCCAGUAUUGUUUGAUUUUCAUGCUUGAGCAGGUGUGAACAAGGGCUUUGUAACUAAGAAUAGUAAAAGACUGUGAUGUUGGAUGUAAUACUUCUCUGUAUACACUCACACACCUGCUGAACUGCUUCACAGUGUAACCGAACACAACCGUUGGGAGAAAUCGUGUAGCCAAUCAUGGGUUUGUUGGAGGUUUGAUGUGUCUUUCUGGUUUUUACUUAUCUAGAGCUAAUUAUUAAAACACUCAAGAGCCUGUGAAUGUGUGUAUGUGUGGGUGUGUGUGUGUGUGUGUGUGUGUGUGUGUGUGUUUGACGGUGGGGGGUUGAAGGUGGGGGGACGCCACAGUAUCAGCAUCUUGUGUAGACGUAUGCGUAGUUUUCAAUGUGAAAUGCACUUUAUUUUUUGGAUGAUAAUGGCACAAGAAAUUAAGUAUCUGCAAAAUGAAACAUAUAAACGAUAAUCAACAUGCACUAACUUACCUGAGAUAUUGUAAAAACGUGUGUGUGAACGUGGUGUCUAUUUUUCCAAGGUGUUAGUUGUACUUUUUAUUGCUUUGGUUAGUUCACUCUAUUGAGAGAUCUUGUUAAUUUUGUAUUAAAAACAAACAUGUGCUGUGCAUUAAA